CUCCAUUUCUUCACAAGCAGCAAGCUAGGGUUAGCAGAGCACUGUGUGUUAGAGAGAGAAAGAGAGGAGAGAGAAGAUGGUUUCAGGUUCAGGGAUCAGCGCAAGGAGGAUAGUGGUGGAUGCUCGCCACCAUAUGCUUGGAAGACUUUCUUCAAUUUUGGCGAAAGAGCUUCUCAAUGGACAGAGAGUUGUUGUUGUUAGAUGUGAAGAGAUUUGUCUUUCCGGUGGACUUGUUCGCCAGAAAAUGAAGUAUCUUAGAUUUCUUCGUAAGAGAAUGAAUACAAAGCCAUCUCAUGGUCCUAUCCAUUUUCGUGCUCCUUCUAAGAUCCUUUGGCGUACAAUCCGUGGGAUGAUUCCUCACAAGACCAAGCGUGGAGCAGCUGCACUUGCCCGCUUGAAGGUUUAUGAGGGUGUUCCACCACCAUAUGACAAGAUUAAGAGGAUGGUUAUCCCCGAUGCUCUAAAGGUAUUGAGGCUCCAAUCCGGACACAAGUACUGUCUCUUGGGCAAGCUUUCAUCAGAAGUUGGAUGGAACCAUUAUGAUACUAUCAAGGAACUCGAGAACAAGAGAAAGGAGAGAGCUCAGGUAGCAUACGAGAGGAGAAAGCAGUUGGCAAAACUUAGAGUUAAGGCUGAGAAAGCUGCUGAGGAGAAGCUUGGACCUCAACUCGCCGUUAUUGCUCCUAUCAAGUAUUGAAUUGGGAGUUGAGACAUAGUUAUUACGAAGUACAAUUUUGUUAAAGAUCGAUAAAUCAUCUUAUUCUCGACCUUUUUCUUAGUUACAUUGACCUCCUGAGUGGUGCAUUUUCAGUUAAGCUGUGUUUGAGAAGACUCUCAGACUCUUUUUAUCCUUCAUUUUUUUUGGUAAUGAAAUCGAAUCUCAUGCUUUUAGUGAUACACA